AUGGAAAUGCACCGUCAAAACAGACACUCAACGACCGACUCUUACUUCCAAUCUCUGUCUUUCCCACCCAUUUCGUCCAUUGGCCAAUUGCUCGGCAAGUCCAACUUCAAAGCGUGGCGGUCAUCAAUCGAGCCCGUCCUCCUCGGCAACCCUCUCUCCUCCAGACUCAUCCUGGGCGGGGAGUGGUCCGACCCUCGCGCGGCCACCGCUUCCUCGCAUGGAGUCUUGUCCGAGCAAGAACGAGACGAAUGGCACGCGGCCACCGUGGCGACGUGUCGAUUCAUCCGGGCGACUUUGGCACUCAACGUGGCUCCCUUUGUCCGCCAACACAACACCGCCAAAGCACUCUACUUGAACCUCGUAUGGUUGUACGGUCCCGAGGCUGGUAUUGACACGCAGGGAGGUCCUACCGUUUCUUCGCCAGGAGCUCUGAUGCAACAGCAAGACCCUCGCAGGACUCGAGCAGGGUUGUUGGCGGCCAUGGAAAGCAAGACACCGCUGGGAGAGACGAUGAUAAACGUCCCUGGACGACUACCACCACCACCAUCUUCGUAUUCGCAUCCGCAUGCAAAAGCAGCAGUACGAGUUCGACCUCAAGAAGUCGCCAACUUGGGUUCCAGUCUCAGCACCACUUCUCUUCUCUUGACCAACGCUGCGACAACCACUCCAAGUCCCUCAGCGUCAGCGUCAGCGAGUGCGAGUGCGAAUGUGACUGAUCUCAUUAGACCCGACUCUCAAGUCUUGCCGGUGGAAACGAAACCACAUCCAGUCAGGGCGAUUAUAGAUGCUCUUCCGUCUGUGCCGUUUGCACCGCCACCAUCACCACCAUCACCACCGGCCAUGGUCCAUGUCUAUGAACGAAUGAGAAAGUCACCGGAUCCUAGUCUCCAGACCAUACAUGAAGAGCCACACCCCGGUACCAAGGUUACGUUUUCUCGUGCGGUGGUUGCCACCACAACAGAACAAGACGUCAGUCCAGUCAGUCCUGGAGAUAAUGGUCGCGAUGACGAUGUCGAUGACGAUUCCUUGAGCCCUCUUGAAGAUACCGACGAAGAAGACAUGUCCAUUUCUUCGCGACGCCCACCGAUCAAGGGAUCCAAACAAAAGUAUCAUGCGGACUCGAGCUUGAAAGAGAAGUCAAGAUCAAUAUUUACUCGAACCGCUGGAACCUCUGUUCUGUCCGCCACAAACGAAUCCAGCAAGACACGCAAACUUUCCUUUUCGUUCCCGCUACGCAAAUUGAACAAAGACAGUAGGAGUAAAAGCGGAGGGAAGUAGGAAUGAUAGGUAAUGAUCGUUUUACACAAGUCGUGCUGAGAAUAUAUGCCGGGGUUUUUCUGUGUCAGUUGUUGCAAAUGUUGUCAAUUCUCAUAUGAAAAACAUCAGUUCUCUUAGUUAAGAAUCAGUCG